CCGAUAACGUUUCAACAACGUCCUCUCGAGGCCCUUUUGGGUUGCUGGAAUUCUGCGCACGUUAUUACCCGUUGUUCGCCCUACGUACAACCCAUCUCGAAGUCGCAGCAUCUCAAGAUACACACUGAACCUUGCAUCGAGUUGACUCUUCACCUCCGGAAACGCCGACACACCCAAAGACGAUAUUCGUAAUCACCUCAGUCGACAAAGACCUCGUCCAUACGAGCACGCUUGUGGUUCUUGGACAACAUGUCACUGGCUGGGGAGACAGCGGCCCCUUCAAGAGAAAGUUCCGAGUACGAACAGAAAGACGCCGACAGAGACAUCGAGAAUGGCGCGAUGCCAGAGGAGGAAGUAGAGAAGGAGCCCACCAAGACCGAAGAUCCUCAUAACGAUAUAGGGAGUGAACUUGAGAAACACCUGUCCCGGAAAAGCACACGAAAACAACAACUGGCGCCAGAAAUACUACCUUUGAUGGACUUGCAAAACAAUCUCGUCGGAUGGGACUCUCAAGACGACCCCUUACAUCCUCGCAAUUUCGCUGAGAAUAGGAAGUGGUUCAUCAUGGCACUGCUGUCUGCAAUCACGUUCUUGUGUCCGUUGACGUCGUCAAUAUUUGCUCCAGCUGUCAGCUUCAUGAAUGCAGAUUUCCAUAAUACGUCACAGCUUUUGGGCGCAUUUGCUGUGAGCGUCUUCGUGCUCGGUUUUGCGGUCGGCCCCUUGAUUCUAGGUCCCUUGUCCGAGAUCUACGGUCGUCGCGUCGUCCUGAACGGGGCGAACGUGGUCUUCUGUGCAUUCGACCUCGGGUGUGCGUUAGCACCAAACCUCAACGGACUCAUCGUGAUGCGAUUCUUUGGUGGCGUAGGUGGCUCGGCUUGUCUCACGGUUGGUUCCGGUGUCAUUGCGGAUCUCUUCCCUACCGAACAGCGUGGCAAGGCGAUGGCUUUUUAUUCCACCGGCAUAUUAUUCGGCCCUGUGCUUGGUCCCAUCUUAGGUGGGUUCAUCGCGCAACAAGCUGGCUGGCGCUGGGUUUUCUGGGUUGUAUUCAUUGCGAGCUUUUUGAUUGCUACCGGCCUCUUCAUCUUAUACCGCGAAACGAACCACGUCGUCUUACUGGACUGGAAAACGGCAAAAUUGAGGAAAGAGAUGAACCGUCCUGAAUUGCAGAACAUCAUGACACAUCAGAAAGAUGCUGGGGCACGUUCGGCUGCCACUGUGCUCAAGCAGGGCGUUAUACGCCCGCUGAAGCUACUCACUAGGUCCCCCAUCGUCUUCUUCCUCAGCAUCUAUGUGGCAUUCAUUUUCGGUCUGCUUUAUCUUUUGUUCACGACAAUCACGGAAGUCUACAUCGCGACUUACGGCUGGUCUCCGCAGAUUUGUGGUCUUGCCUAUUUGGGUCUCGGUGUGGGUUUCUUCAUCGGAUUGGUGGUCGUGGCUCGAACGUCAGAUGCGACUAUCAUAAAGUUGACUAAAAAGAACAACAAUGUCUACGAGCCGGAGUACCGUCUGGCACCUUGUCUUGGUUUUGGAUUCUUCAUCCCCAUCUCGUUCUUCUGGUAUGGAUGGUGCACAUACUACAAAGUUCACUGGAUCGUCCCCAUCAUCGGCCUGAUCCCCUUCGGCUUUGGCUCGAUGGGUGUCUUCAUGCCGAUCCAAACUUACAUGGUUGACUCAUAUCCGCAGUAUGCUGCUUCCGCUAUGGCAGCUAUGACGUGCGUUCGUAUGCUGUUUGGGGCAGUCCUCCCACUUGCUGGGCCAAGUAUGUAUCGCAGUUUAGGACUGGGAUGGGGAAACAGCCUCUUAGGAUUUGUGGCUGUGGGGAUGAUUCCUGCCCCCGCAUUGAUAUUCAAGUAUGGAACUCAGCUGCGGAAAAGGUUUCCGCUGAACCUGUGAUUGAUUAAGGGGGUCCUAUCAUGGAAGCUAGGAGCCAAGGAAGGGCUGUGUCGAUGGAAUCGUUUUGUUCGAAUGGCAUAUCAUUAGGUGAUAGACGCAUUAGCAUACAGGGGUACACAUCAUGAUCUUCACAGUAGGCAGAAAUCUUGGAAGAUACUACCCAUCCGUGGGUGAUUGUUUUAAUAUCAGAUAGUAAUCAA